AUGGCGCCCAUUCGCCGAUAUCUGCGAAUCACCAAACACUCCGUCCUAGAAGUGCGCAUCUACCUGGACAAGCCCUCCGAUGCACCAUGGCUCCUCUCCUCCCGCGACCCCGUGCUCCCACGCAUCAUGGCAGAGAUCCGGCCGAAAGUCCUGCCGAAGCUGCGCGAAGAGAAUGAGAAUGCAAAGAAGAAGGGCGGCAAGAAGAAGAAGGGGAUCAAAGACGUGGUGAGCACGGAGGAAUUUGAGGUGGUGAUCUUCUUGAAGGAGCUGUCCACGCGGCACGUGCUGCUCACGAAGCAGAAAAGCUUCGUGGAUAAGCCUCGUCUGAAGAGCAACAGCAGCAAGCUGACUGGCUGGCUCAACAAUACGGACAACUUGACGGCAGGCAGCGAGGCAUCUGGUCAGCGGGCGACAGACAUCUUGCAGGAGGACGAAGACGAUGAAGUUGUCGAGCUGUACAAUAUACCAGCUGCGAAUACUGGCAGCAAACGGAAGGCUCAGGGAGAAGACGAUGAAGCAUUGAUUCUGAGCUCCGACGAGGAACCAGCGUUUCAAACCCAAGAAGAACGAGGCUCGAAACGGCACAAGCGUGCUGCAUCGCGCCCACAACCAACGUCCGAAGAGGUCGAUGAUAAGAAGAAGCUUGCCAUGAAUACAUCAUUUCAUGGCUUCCGAAUCUACGGACGCACUUUGUGUCUGGUGGUGAAGAGGAAGGGUAGGACGGCAGCACGUGAGGAUGUGCCUUUGGGCGGCAGCCAAAUGAUGGAGAAAUGGGUCAGCACGCAGGCAGCACAGGAAGCUGGUUUGGAGGAGGACGAAGACGGUUGA